UGUCAUGCUGACAGCUCCAGAGGAGAGCCGACCCAGCAGCGCCAUCUGUCAGUGUCCAUCAGUGCCAGCUCUGUGCUCAUCCAUGCCACCUGCCAGUGCCCAACAGUGCCACGUUUCAGUGCCCAUCAGUGCCACAUUUCAGUGCCCAUCAGUGCCCUUCUGAGCUGCCUUUCAGUGCCACCCAUCAGUGCCAGUCAGUGCCACCUAUCAGUGCUGCCAAUCAGUGCCGCCUAACAGUGCCAGUCAAUGCCACCUAACAGUGCCAGUCAAUGCUAUAUAUGAGUGC